AUGACCCGCAUCUUAUGCGUGGCCGAAAAGCCUUCCAUUGCAAAAGCUGUCGCCGGCCAUCUUUCCGGUGGGAUUUACCAAACAAACAAUACGCGCGAUACUUAUGUCAAAAACUACACAUUCGAUUAUGACUUCGGGCCACCAUGGGGCCACUCAUCUGUUACCAUGACCUCAGUCAAGGGCCAUCUGACAAGUACCGAGUUUCCCGAGGACUACAAAUCUUGGGAGUAUCCCCCGCCAGACCGUCUCUUCGAUGCACCCGUCUUGACGGUUGUUCCUACGAACAAUAAGACCAUCGCCAAAAACAUCGAAGACCAGGCCAAACGCGCCACCGGCCUCGUCAUCUGGACCGAUUGCGAUAGAGAGGGCGAACACAUCGGCAGCGAGAUUAGGGACGCCGCGAAGAAAGGGAACCGCAACAUCUUGGUCAAGCGUGCGCGGUUCAGCAACAUUGAGAGAGCUCACAUUUUAACCGCAGCACGCCAGCUCGGCCUCCUCGACGAGAAGCAGGUCGACGCUGUGUCGGCUCGGAUCGAGCUCGACUUGAGGAUUGGGUAUUGCUUCACCCGGUUCCUAACGCUGAGUCUCCGCCCUCUGGGAGGGCCACUCUCUAAUCUCACCCUCAGCUAUGGAUCCUGCCAGUUCCCUACCCUCGGCUUCGUCGUAGACCGAUAUUUCCGCGUCAAAAACUUCGUCCCCGAGCAAUUCUGGGGCAUCAAAGUAGCCCACGAGCGAGAAGGCAUCAAAGUCAACUUCAAUUGGGCCCGCCACCGCCUCUUCGACCGCAUGGCCGUGGUCAUCCUCUACGAGCGCUGCCUGGCCGCCAAAACCGCCAAAGUCACCAAAGUCCAAGAAAAGCCCACCAAAAAAUGGAAACCUCUCCCCCUAACCACCGUCGAGCUCCAAAAGCUCGCCACCCGCUUCCUCCGCAUGAGCGGUCAACAAGCCAUGACCAUCGCCGAAAAGCUCUACACCCGCGGCUUCAUCAGCUACCCACGCACCGAAACCGACCGUUUCGACCGCGGCAUGGACCUCCGCGCCCUCGUCCGCAAACAGACCCCCGACCCCCGCUGGGGCACCUUCGCGCAGAACCUCGCCGACGGCGCGUUCCAACAACCCCGCGAGGGCCGUCACGACGAUAAAGCCCACCCGCCCAUCCACCCGGUCGCGUACGUAGCCCCCGCCGCGCUGGGCGACGACGGUGAGAAGCGCAUCUACGAACUGGUCACGCGGCGGUUUCUGGCGUGUUGCUCCGAGGACGCGCAGGGCAUGGCCAGCGACGUGGAGAUCGUCUACGGGGAGGAGACUUUUGCCGCGCACGGCGUGACGGUGCUGGCGCGGAAUUACCUGGAUGUGUAUCCGUACGAGAACUGGACAGGUACGGCGAUGCUGCCGCGGUUUAUGGUGGGGGAGUUGUUUGAACCGGCCGAGGCGCUGUUGACUGAGGGGAAGACCACGCCGCCGGCGUAUUUGACCGAGGCGGAUCUGAUUGCGCUCAUGGAUGCGAAUGGGAUUGGCACGGAUGCUACGAUGGCCGAACACAUUGAGAAGAUCCAGGAGCGGCAGUAUGUUCGCACGGUCGAGCGUGGAGGGAACAACAAUAACAACAACAACGGAGACGAGGAGGAAGCCAACGCUCCCGCGGCAAGGGGCGGUGGACGGGGUCGUGGCCGAGGCCGAGGCGGGCGUGGGGGACGUGGAGGUCGGAACGGGGGUAAUGGGAAUGGCAACGGCGGCGGCAGUGGAGUGCGAGAGUUUAUUCCGACUAGCCUUGGAGUGGCCUUGAUCGAAGGGUUCGAUCGGAUGCAGUUUGAGACCAGCUUGGGCAAACCGUUCCUGCGCAAGGAGAUGGAGCUCAAGAUGAAGGCGAUUUGCGAGGGGCGCACGACCAAGCAGGCGGUGCUCAGCGAGAGCAUUGGGGGGUAUCGGCAGGUGUAUAACCAGUCGAAGGCAGCGUUGAGCGUGCUGAAGGCGGCCUGUAGACAAUAUGUCUUCCAAAACGCGGGAUGA